AGAGAUAAAUUGACAAGUUCAGACAUUUUGUCCCUGGUGUUUCGUUCAUUUUUAUUUGGCUGGCUUCACUAACUGAGUGUUUUUGCAUGGUUGAAUGUUUAGUGUCUUUACCUGUCCAUCUAUGAUGCUGAUCAGCGUAUCAGCGCGUUAUCUUCGAGAUUGUGCUUAAAUUAUUGCAAGCAAAGUGCGUUCAAAAUGGAAGAGUACUCCAUGAACGUCAAUCUACAUCUGGAGAGUACCAAAUGCAUGGAAAUCAAGUACACCACACGUACCUCAGUCGAAAGUAUUUGUCUGGAUUUGUGCGAGCGUUUGAAAAUUGGGCCAGUGGCUCGACACUUGUUCUCAUUGCGAAUCAACCAAACUUCAAUCUACCUGGCCAACUAUUACACCUUGUUCAGUGAUUCCUUCAAGAACGGGCGAGUGGGGCCCAGCUUGGACCUACGCAUGAGAUACAAACCGGCAUCGAUACAGGAGCUAAAGAAGUUGGACGCCCGUGCUUUUGAGUACUACUACUUACAAGUCAGAGAUGAUAUAGUCAAGGGCCUGGUGCCCGGCUUGGCCUACGACGACUGCCAGCCAGAAUUGACGGGAUUAUGCAUUACAGACAUGUUCAGAUAUAUGCUGGAGAACAGCGUUCCCAUGCAGGCUGUAGAGCGGGACCACAAAAAAUUUAUGAACAAGGAAAUAGUGAAGAGGCACCGUUUUUACCUGAGCACGCCCAUCCAUGAGAAUCUACUGAAAUUGAACCGUAACAUGAAGGAUCAACCCAAUAAUAUCAGCUUCGUCAAGGAGCAAUACUUAUUAGAAGUGGAAAACCGCGCCCCCUGCUACCUGCAGGAAAUUCACGAAGCGAUGCUAGAUCGAACGGGACCUGAUGGAAACCAAAGCCUAUUGGUCAACAUCAAGGUGACCCCGCCCCAUGGCCCCGAUUCAGGCAUCAAAUAUUGCACGGGCAGUUUGAAGAAGAAAUAUACUCCCACUUGGAUCGAUCUGUGCACCAUCGAGGAAUUGGGGUUUAUAGCCUUUCGGGACGAUUGCUCAGUAGAACUGAGCCGCUUGAACGGCAUCCCCAUCUACAUCAGAUUCAAGUCGAGCCUUCUGAUGCUGUCCUUUGUUAGUUUACUGGAUGGCUACUACAGGCUGUCGUGCAAGUGGACAUUCAAUUUGUGCCAGAAGCUCAGAACCGAAUCUUUAAGCAAACUGUACUGGAUGAAGUGCCACGGUCCAGUAGGGGGUCAGUUUUCCUAUCAUAAGCUGGAGAUUAAGGCUUCCAACCAAGUGGGCUCUUACAUUAUUCGUGAAAGCGAGUCGAGCUACAGCACUUACUACAUUGAUGUUUGCGUGAAGGCGAGUUCGAAACCGAUCAGCUUGAAAGUGUCCGUGGUAGCGGACGGCUAUAUGUUGGAAGGCAAUGCGACGAUAUUCGAUAAUAUGCAAAGCCUCAUCAAAGCCUACAAGGAUCCAGACGGUGAAAUCUACUUUAGGGAGUGUGUCCCACCGUCGGAUUUUGACGUGUCCCAGCUAUUGCUGUGCAAACUGAAGAAUGAUCUGAAAUAUGCGGUUGGCGACAGCUCCGACCUGAUGAAAGACAACACGUCGCCCGUCUGUGUGCCCCUCAAAGACCUGGAGAUCUAUGGAGUGCCGCGCAUGGAUGGCUCGCGCCAACUCACCCACGUGUUUCGAGGUAUAUGGAAGGCGCGCAAAGGAUGGAAGGCUCAUAUUGCCCUGAAGUUUCUCAAUGAGGAUAAGCAGGCGGAGUUCCUAAAGGAAUACAUGCGGGGAGUUGGAGAAUGGUCGUUUCUGAAUUGUCCCAAUCUGGUGCGCUUUUUCGGCGUUUGUUUCUCGAUGGGCAGUACCGCGCCCCUGAUGGAAUAUUGCAAGCUCGGCCGCUUGGAUGAGUACCUGAAGGCGAACAAGUCGAACAUGAAGCUGUUUAAUCUGAUCGAGGCGUGCGUGGCUUUGGCAUUGGCGCUUUGGCAUCUGCACGAAAACAACAUGAUACAUGGCAGGGUGCGCUGUCGAAAGCUGAUGGUCUACCAGCACAACGAAAAGGGUUUUAUUGUCAAGUUGACCGAUGGCGGUGUGAAUACGCCACAUGUGGAUGAAGAUAUUCAUUGGACGGCCCCGGAAUGCUACAUAACGAAGGACCGGCGAUCGCCUGAAGCGGACAUUUGGGCGUUGGCCACCACCUUCUACGAAAUAUUCGCGUGGGGCGAGCCGAUUCCCACGCACCGAGCAGCGUCCGAAUUGAUGAAGUGGUACGAAAACGGAAACCGAUUGAGCAAACCGAUCGAUUGCCCUGAGGAGGUAUACAACCUCAUGAUCCAGGCGUGGAUCCCUGAUCCCCAGCUACGCAAAAAAACCCAAGAACUCAGUCGUGAUAUGAACCAGUUGGCGUAUCAACUGUUCAAUGAUAGUCACGAGAGGGCGUACGAGCUGGUGACGAUGCCCACAAGGAGCGUCUCAGCCGAGACGAUUGUGUCGAGUAUGGGAAGCGACGACAGCCCUUAUGAGACGCACAUUGGGGUGAUCAACGUGAACUUCCCCCCCAGCGCUGACGACACCGAUUCGGACUCCUCCCAACAGAGGCUGCUGGACUCUCCGGAAGGCGAGGCGAUUUCUUUGACUUCGAGCGAAGAAACAAGCCGCAAUGCCGAAGAGGAGAAGCAGCGCUAUCUUGCGUCGUUCGACAAGCUGAAUGUAGAGGAGAGCCCCUAUGUGGUGAAGGAGCUGCAGACGAUAUACCCGAUGGAUAGUCGCUAUAAUCUCUGCUUGGGCAAUCGGCUUGGACAGGGCUUUUACGGCGAUGUGUGCAAGGGCUACAUAGAGGACACGGAGAAUUCGAAAGCGGAUCGCGUCGAAGUCGCUGUCAAGAAGCUGAAGCCCUUUGCCCAGAAGCGCUUUAGGGAGGACUUCGAAAGGGAAAUUAGCAUCAUGCAUACCCUCCGACAUCCGAACGUUGUGCAAAUAUUCAACGUGAUCCGGGUGCCCGAAAUUCUGCUGGUGAUGGAGCUGGUGCCCCAUGGAUCUCUGCAAAGUUAUCUCAACUUCAAUAAGGACAACUUGGCUGCUAUGAACCUGCUGAAGUUCGCUUGCGACAUUGCUAGGGGCAUGGAAUACUUACGGCAGAAGCACAUCGUGCAUAGGGAUUUGGCGGCGCGCAAUAUCCUGGUGGUGGACCACGACAAUGUGAAGAUAUCCGACUUUGGUCUCGCCCAAGUAGUGGACAGCAAUGACUAUUAUAUGCUGCGCACCUUAAACCGAAGUUUACCGAUUAAAUGGUACGCUCCUGAAAGUUUGACCCACGGCAAAUUCUCGACCAAAUCGGAUGUGUGGUCCUACGGUAUCACCGUCUACGAAAUCUACCUGUUUGGGAAGGAACCGCCAUUUUUGGGCGGCAUUAACGAUCAGAAUAACACCCAGUUGCAAGAGUCGAUGAUGGCAGCUAUAACCAGCGGCGAAAGGUACCCGUGCCCUGAGGGUUGUGCCCAAUCAGUCUACGUGAAUGUGAUUCGACCGUGCUGGGAAAUGGACCCACAUGCCAGACCGACAUUUAAGGAAUUGACUGAACGGGUCAUGACUGAGAUGUUUAAUAGUAUUUAAUUGUUUUUAUGUCAGUCGCCUUUAGUCGCGGACGGGAGUUAAAAAUGUGUAAAAAAAAGUUUGUACGUGGUGCACAAACUUUUUUUGCACGCUUUUCAACUAAUAGUUUAAAGCGUUAAACUUGCAAAAUCAAUUACCACAGUGGAUGUGGUUUGGAUAAGUUUAACGCUGUGCGAACCAGUGGCGACGAUUCCUUUCAAUUUAAUUUUCAUGAUAAUGACUCUGUCGAGAUACAUAUACAGACUUGCCAUGAAUUUUUCAGAAGAUUUUUAUUACAGUUAAAGAUUAGUUAUAUUUUUUUAGCGAGUAAGAUAAAGUACAUGCUAGAAUUGGUAAGAAAGUCUUUUUUAUAUAACUAGAAAUCUUGUAAAUACUU